AUGGCGAACAGCGAGGGCCGAGUCUUCUCCACCAUCGCCAUCUACUUCCUGGCCGGCCUCAUCUUCUCCUUCUUCUUCUGCAACAUCUGCCUCCUCCUACUCGGCCCCCCCCCCCGCCGCCAGCAGCUGAGCCUGGCCGCGCUACUCUCGCCAGCACCCGAGGACAACGAAGAAGCCAUGAGCCAGAGCGACGUUCGCCAGGGCCAGAGCUACUACUUGACCCACCACACGACCCACGGCUGGACGGCGACGCCUCUCCCCCUGGUGAAGAAGGAGCCCUUCGACCUCGACCAGUCUGGUCCAGACGGUGGCGGCUCGCCCAUGUCCUCCCCCACGCCCCACUCCUCGCCCGAGCACACCACCCGAGACCUGGUGGUGGCGGCCUCUACGUCGAUGCCCUACGCCGGACCGCCCACUAUUCGGACGACCUCGUCUUCGAAGACCAUCUUGACGUCUUCUUUUACGUCGCCUACGUUCCCGCCCGUGCUGGCGAAGAGGACCCAACCGCACCAUGGGAAGGACGAGGAGGAAACCAACGACAGGGAGGCCGUGGUGGUGGGACCACCCGGUAGGGCGAGCGAUCACAGCCACAUCCACAGCACCACCACCAACAACUACACUAUUCCCAAAGCGACCCGCGUGAACGAGGCUGCCCAUCCCGGCCACGGCCACGGCCACGGCCACAGCUUCGUCGCAAUGCCGCCGGUCGCCCCACACGGAGCUCUGACGUUCCCGCUCAUAUCGCUCUUCCCCCCUCCGAUCUCGUCGGCCUCCACCGCGUCACCGUCUCCGGCGUCGUCGUCGAAGCCCGCCUGGCCGUCGCCAUUGCCCACGUCGCUGUCGCUGUCGCCGUCGCCCGCGCAGCCCUUAGGCUUGUCUUCGCUCUUCCCCGCCGCCGCGGUGCCCACCCACCACUCGUCGACGCUCGCCAACGCCGCCUCGUCGCUCCUGCACCUGGCCACUGGCGGGCCUCCCAGCACCGCCGCCGCCGCCGCCUGCUCAUCUACUUCUUCCUCUUCCUCUUCCUCUUCGUCUUCGCCCGUCACGUCGCCGUGGCCGUCGGCCAGCACCACGACCACGACCACGACCACCUCGAACGCGACCACUGCCCCGCACCACCACCUCCCGCCGUCGCCUUUGCCCGAACUGUACGCCGCGCUGGCCUCGGCUGCCUCGGCCACGUCGGUGCCUACGUCGUGGGCGACGUCGUCGCCGAAGACGCUGGCGGACUACCUGGCGCUGCUGUUUGCCCACAACACAGCGGCCUAUCUGUCGUUACUCGCGUCGGUCGUACCGCAAGCCACCCAGCCACCGCCGCCGCCGGUGCUGGCGACGACGGAAGUCAACCCCGCCGCCGGCCUGCAGCAGCUGAGCCAUAUGCUGCAGCACCACCUCCAGCCGCCGCAGCAGCAGCAGCAGCAGCAGCAUCAACAGCCACAACAACACCAGAAGCACCAGCAGCAGCACUCCGAGCUGCAGCAGCGGCUGCGGCAGCUCCAGCUCCAGCUCCAGCUUCCGACUCUGUUGCCGGCGGCGAAGGUGCACCCGCAGCCGCCGCCGCCGCCGCAGCCGCAGCCACCGGUCGUCCCUGUGGGUCCUCCCACGUUGACGCUGCCGCCGUUGUCGUCACUGUGCGACAUCUUCCGCUCGCUCCCGCCCCAGCCCCAGCACGCUCCUCUGCCGCAUUCCGCGACGCCGGCUGUCUUUCCUCCGCCAAUGCCGCCGAAGACGGACGUGGCCGCUCUCCGAGCGCCGCUGCAUCAGGCCAAGCUCGUCGCGCUGCAGGCCGCCCUACGCCCCUCAUUGGGUCGAGGGAAGCGGAAGAUGAAGACCUACACGUGCCGCACGUGUCAGCUGCCGAAGAAGGGGCACAUCUGCCCCUCGCCGCUCGACUCGAGCUCGCCCGCCAGCUCGCCGCCGUCGUCCCCGAGGGCCGACUCCUCGCCCGCGCCCAACAAGAAGCGGAGGCGGAACAAGACCGCGCCACCAGAGGCGAAGGAGCGAGGAGCCCGCGCGGCGGCCAACUCGUCGCCGUCGCCAUCAUCACUGCCCACCGUCACCUUCGUCUCACGGGCCUUCAGCUGGUCGAGCCGCGAACCCAAGGCCUCGUGA